AUGCCUUUGCGUGAGUGGAACUUUUCAGAUUUUCUCCAGAAAGUUCUUAUUUUUCAGCUAAAAGUUUACCGCCCGUUUCCGCCGUCAAUGGAUCCGAAGCUCACACGUACUUGGCCACUCUGGUUCACACCCGGAUGAAGCGAGCCGUGAACGGUAUCGCCCCUCUUCCCCAAACACCAACUUAUCUAUCUGUUUUGAAGGUGACAAACUCGAUGAAAUUCUGGAGAGUUUGCAAGUGUACGCCCGUCUCGCCAACGGAAUUUCCCUGCAAAUCGGACUGUCCGACUCUUCCGUUCCCGUGGAUGACGUCAUCGUCGAGUUGCUCCACGUGGCACCUCUCAAGCUCAGCGAUGUUAUCAACUUGGACACGAACGCACUGAGCGAGUCAUUGAAGACGUUCAAGGAGCUUCUGGAUCAGCUGGAGACGGCGAAUAAUGUGAGGAGCGUUGAGGAACGAUUGGAGCUUCUGGAGACGAUAAGGGGAAUUGUUGCGAACCUCGGCGAUGUGAAGAAUCUGGAAGGGAAGGGAGAGUAUUCGAGUGCGUUGGAGAAGGCGAAGGGAUUCGCGAUUGAUGCUCAAGCGCUCAACGAUUUCAAUACCGCUGUGGCUGCGCUACAGCUGUCGAUGACUAAGAUUGACGGAUGGAAAAACAAAAAAGAUGUGGAAUCACUUCAUGACGAAGUGCAUAAUCUAAACUUCCAGUUGAAGGAGUACGAGACCGCGUUCAACAAUUUCUCUCCCAAGUUCCUCAAGUUGGAUGAAGUCGGUGGUCUUCAGAAUGGAACGGCCAUCUUCCAAUCGCUGAUCGACGAGAACGAAGCACGGAACAGUUACAAGUUCCGCCCGGGAUUCAAGACCGACCAAAUUAAGAAGUCACACGAGCUGCUCAACACUUUCAAAUCGGCUGCCGAUGCCUUCAAGAGAGACCGCGGCUUGCUCGAAACUCUCCGGAGACUGGUUUCUGCGCACAACUCCAUUUUCGGCCCGUCGAAGUUCGCCGCUGGAUUUCCGAACGGAGGCGACGAUCUGGACGAGCUCGCGAAGGAUACGGAGAAGGAAUGGGUGCACGAGAGCAUGAAAGGAGGAAAGGAAACGGCUGUGCAUCUGAAGGGAACAUUCCAGAAGUUGGAUGAGUUCAAGAAGGAGUUGAAAGUCGUGGAGAAGGUUCUGGAGCCGGUGAGCAACAAGAAAAGUGUCGCUGCUUUGAAGCAAUCAACAUCCGUUCAACUCGAAAUGGCCGGAGAAGCGGACAAAUGGAAAGACCAGCGCAGUGCUUCGGAAGGAUUGGAAGGUUGCGACAGCAAGUUUCAACAGACUUCCCAGCCCGACUAUUCCGAUAUCAGCCCGACUCUGGAGUCGAUUAAGAGAUUGGAUGAGUUUAUUGGUACGCUGGCGUUCGACAGGAGCACUGUCAAAAUGGAUGAUAUCGUCGCACUGAAGAACCUGACCGACGUGAAAUCGUUCUCGGACAAAGACAAAAAGGAGAAGAUCCCCGGAAUCGUUGCCGGCCUGAGAAGUAUGCCAGAAGUCAAAACGACUCGUGCCGGUCUCGACAAACUCAAAUCUCAUCUGGAAGGUGUGAAGAAAGCGGCCACUCAGAUCCCCACGUUGGCUGAUGAAAUCCAUAAGAAGAUCGUGGUGAUUGACAAGUACGUGAAAGACCUGGCUGAGUCCAACUUUUUGAGUUUCUACGAUUGCAUGAAAAAAAUCGGACCCGGUGGGACAGGACUCAAGGACAUGAUCGGAAAGGUCGAGAUUCUGAGAAGCAAGAGAACCGAUUUGAACGUCGACGAGGCACGUGGCAUUUUGAACUCUCUUCAGGCUUCGAAAUCCGGAUUGAAAGUGCUUCAAACCGCCGGAAGUGCUCUGAAAGGCGUGGAUGUGAAUGAGCUGAAGGGAGCGAUGGAGAGUGCCCAGACUGUCGCGGAGAAUCUGGGAAUGGCCGCUCAAGGCAUUGGAAGUAUCGCGAACGCGCUGGAAAAUCGGAGCAAUCUGGAUGGGAUCACGGCUGUCAAUGCUGAAGAGAUCAAGAAAACGGCGGAUGCGCACAAGGCACAGCUGGGGUCUCACCACGAGAAUCUCUUGAAACUGGAAGGACUCGGGACCGAUCUGAAGAGCGUCUUCGUUGGAAUCGACACGUUCACGGGCUCGUUGAAACAUUUCUCGAGCACCGUGCUGAGGAAUUUUGUUGAUCCGUUCCGCCAAGCCGAGAAGAUCCCUAGUGUGAAGAUGACCGAGUCAGAACUGGUCGAGAUGAAGAAGGCCGUCGAGGCGUUAAUUGUCAUCGAUCCGAAUGGAAAACAGCAGUUGGAACCCGUUCUCAAGGCUCUGAACACUUUGAGCUCUUUGGAUUUGGAUUUUUCGCGCUUCAAGUUCUCCCAAACGGUCAAUAGCCUGACAUCGCUCGAAUCCUUCUUUGCCAGACUCUCCAGUUCCCUCGUCGUGACGACUUCUACUCCUCCGUCGACGAUGUCGUCCACUUCCAGACCACUCUUCGCCGCUUCCACUGUUCUCAUUUCUGUGGCUACGCAAGCACCGACCGAUUACACGUGGUAUGAUAUUCAGUGGAAAAUUGAGUACAUGUAUUUAUUUCAGGCUGGUUGUGAUUGGUAUCAUCUUAAUGAUUUUGAUAAUCGUCAUGGUAACCAGCUGGUGCUGCUUAAGAAAGAAGAUCAAAAUGAAGUUGAACAAAUGGAAAAGCGGCUCGACGAGCUCCGCUUCAACUAGCAACGAAACUGUGUCUUCAACGCCUCUGAAUAGCACCGUGAUCAAUGAGACGGCAAAAACUGCAGAGUCAUACACCACGAAUCAGUCGCCGGCUCUUUUACAAAAGCAGCCGAAGACUCCCAAAGAGAAAGUUCCUGCGAAGGGUUCGACGUCUUCGGAUGGAUCCAAGAAUCAGCCGAAGACUCCCAAAGAAAAAGUUCCUGCGAAGGGUUCGACGUCUUCGGAUGGAUCCAAGAAUCAGCCGAAGACUCCCAAAGAGAAAGUUCCUGCGAAGGGUUCGACGUCUUCGGAUGGAUCCAAGAAUCAGCCGAAGACUCCCAAGGAAAAAAAGUUCCUGCGAAGGGUUCGACGUCUUCGGAUGGGUCCAAGAAUCAGUCGACGAGCCGUGAAAAAGAAGAUCCUCCGAAGGAUGCGAAAGAUAAAUCCAAAGAACCUGGCGUUUCUCGUGAGAAGAAAGACAACACAGUUUCGGAUGAAGAAGAAAAGUCAGUAGUUUCACUGAAUGGCAAGAUGACAUUUCUGGAAGGCGUGUGCCGUCAGAUUCGGAAUGAGGACUGGAUGGCGAGGACGUGGGCCAAAAAAGUAAUCGAAGAGGCUUUCAAGAGAGCUACACAAGACAAAAGAGCAUGCAGUGGAUGAAUACGUGCACAAGAUAAAAUGUGGCCAUCAUACAAUCUUCAUGACCGAGGUAGUGAUGAAUGAUGAGUAAUGAAUUCAUUGUAACUAUUUGCAGCAUCCGAAAGACAUUUCAAGCCUGGAGCGUUUUUGGGAGACGGUCGACACUGGCCAUAUCAAAGCGAUUGUUCAUUUGAGCAAUCACUCAAAAAGGUAGGAAUAAUUGGAAAUUGCCUCCGACACGCUUGAUUUUGCUACAGACCGCUUCCCGUAUUAUCCUGAGGAAGGCGCAGUGUUUAAAACGGCGAAUAGGAAGUACCAGGUGGCGAUCGAGAAGAGGACCCAAUGCCACUUCACGCCGGAUAUCACCGUCAAACUCACUAAUAAUAGCACGUGGGUUGCAUUGCAAAUCGAGUUUCAGUAAAUCUGGUCUGAUUUAUUUAGGGAAGUAGAGAAACACAUCGGCAUUUACAAGAUAGAUACGCAGGAGUGUGAAACUUUUGCUGCUUUCCAAAGAAUUGCCGCCUUGUUCGAUUACCUAAGUGACGCCAAAGUGAGUUCUUCAUCUUUUCUUCUCAGAUCACCCAUUCUCUUACAGAAGACUACUCUGGUUCAUUGUUCAAACGGUAUCGAUCGUACGAUGGCAUUCGUCGGCGCACGGAAGGGAAUCGAAAUGUGCUCGAAGCAGAAGAACUGCACGGUUCUGCAGAGUGAGUUUUUAGCGCGCUCAGUGUCAUUUCCAUUGCAAAGUCUCUCUGUUUGCAGUUCUGAUCACCUUGUACCAGCACAAGCACAGAUUGAUUAGGCCGAAGGUGUUGUUUUUCAUUUUGAAGGCAAUUGCACAGCGUACUGAAGAGGUACAUUCGAAUUUUAGCACAAUUUUAGAAAUACAUUCGAGUUUGCAGAAAUCUUCGGCGUUCUUCCAUCCGAUAUUCGACGAAUUCUCGUUUUACUUAGAACAGGAAGAGUCGAAGAAACCGCAAACUCAUUUCCUAUAUUUGAAUGCUCUAAAUGAUUAUUUGAACAAAGCGUAUCAAGCAGCCGAAGUGGAAUGUUAUCAACAGAAUAGAAAGAUGAAAGAAUUGAAGGACAAGCAGGAAGAGGAGGCAGAACGACUAAAGGAGCCGGAAGUGAAGAAAGUGGGCAGACAUUUGGAGAAGUUUCCAACCGACUCGGAGAGAGAGCAGCGUGAACGGAGAGAUAGACGGAAAAGAAAGCCGCCGAAACCGGAUGUUUCCUACAAGCAGACAGAGAAGAAGGAUAAAGGAAGAACUAGUAGACUAUUGUUUAUCCAUAUCAACGGGAGGCCUGAAUCAGCCCCGAAAUGAUCGACUUAUUUGACGAUUCGAUAAAAUAUAUUUGUUUGAUCCUCCUGUGAUGUGUCCAAAUUCAUGUGAUUGUUUGCAUUUUUCCUUGCCCUUAUCAGUUUCCACUGCCCAGAAACAUUGCCUUUCUCGCCUGACUGCUCUUCUUUUCACGAAACUUUUCAAAGCGAACCUUUUCAGGAUUAUUGUAUCCUUAAGCGAUGAGAGAAGUGAUCUCGAUACACGUCGGUCAGGCGGGAGUUCAAAUCGGAAACGCGUGCUGGGAGCUCUACUGUCUCGAGCACGGAAUCCUUCCCGACGGCACUUUUCUCGAUGCGGACGAUUCUUCGGGCUCUCUGAGCACGUUUUUCUCGGAAACUGGCUAUGGAAGACACGUGCCACGCUCCAUUUUCGUCGAUUUGGAGCCGACUGUCGUAGGUAAGCACGUGUUUUUUCGUUUUUGGCCUAGCCAUCCAAGUGACACAACACACGCGCGCGCCGACCUUGUCUACUCCCCCUGGCCGUCUCCGCUAUGAUGCACGCGUGGCCUAGUGGUCGAGUGUUGACUGCCUCUCGAUGGCCCGCGAGUUCAAUUCCCAACAUUGGGAAAAAACCAAUGAAGACACAAACCCCAUGUCCUGAAGUUUUCCGUGCUAGCAUGAUUAGUCUUUCCGAGGUUGUUUUUGGUUUUAAUUCUCCCAUUUUGAAUAUUACAGAUGAAAUUCGAACGGGAACUUACAAAAAGUUGUUCCAUCCGGAGCAAAUGCUCACUGGAAAAGAAGACGCUGCGAACAACUACGCUCGUGGACAUUAUACAGUCGGGAAAGAGAUCAUUGACACGACUCUGGACAGAAUCCGACGAUUGGCGAACAACUGCGACGGUCUACAAGGAUUCUUCGUGUUCCAUUCGUUCGGAGGCGGAACUGGCAGUGGGUUCACCUCAAUGCUCAUGGAGAGACUGUCCGGAGAGUACGGAAAGAAGAGCAAGUUGGAGUUUUCCAUUUAUCCGGCGCCACAGGUACUGUUUCAAAGGUAACAAAAGUUCAGAAUACGUAUUGAGAUCUCGACGUCCGUCGUCGAGCCGUACAAUUCGAUUCUGACGACUCACACCACUUUGGAGCACUCGGAUUGCUCGUUCAUGGUCGACAACGAAGCGAUUUAUGACAUUUGCCGCAGAAAUUUGAGAGUUUUCCGCCCGAGCUACACCAAUUUGAACAGAAUUAUUUCACAGGUUUGCGGAAAAACAGUAUUUCUCCGGUAGCGGCCAGACAAAAGCCCUCCAAAUUUGAAUUUUUGUAAAUUUUCCAAGAAACAGACACUCUUCCUUUCUGUUUGACACAAAAUAUCGUAAAUGUACGAUAUUUUUUCCCAAACAUUUAAAUUUUGCAGUCUUUUUCCAGGCGAAGCCUGAAAUUCGGUAAACAUGUACGAAAAAGACGAAGAAAAAAAGAGAAAUUUUGAAAUUUUUGCGCGAAAAAAGUUGUAUCGACUGUUUGCAGGUGGUGUCCUCGAUCACGGCCUCUCUCCGCUUCGACGGCGCUCUGAACGUGGACCUGAGCGAGUUCCAGACGAACCUGGUCCCGUACCCGCGCAUCCAUUUCCCCCUCGUCGCCUACAAUCCGCUCAUCGCUUCGGCGAAUCACGAGAUCCUCUCGGUCGACGAGAUCACCAAAUCGUGCUUCGACUCUGCGAAUCAGAUGGUGAAAUGCGAUCCGAAGAACGGAAAGUACAUGGCCGUCUGCCUGCUUUACCGCGGCGACGUUGUGCCGAACGACGUCUCCGCCGCCAUCAAAUCGAUCAAAACGCAGAGGACGGUGCAGUUCGUGGACUGGAGUCCGACCGGAUUCAAAGUCGGACUCAACUACCAGCCGCCGACGGUGAUCCCGGGCGGCGACAUGGCCAAGGUGCCGCGCGCCGUCUGUAUGCUCUCCAACACGACGGCGAUUGCGGAAGCGUGGCAGAGACUCGACUACAAGUUCGAUUUGAUGUACGCCAAACGGGCGUUCGUGCAUUGGUAGGCUCAUUUUCAAGUUGUCCACGGCGACCAAAAGUUGAGAGGCGCGUGGCCCAGUGAGCACGGUUUUCCUCAAAAUUCUGACAAUGUUGCUCUAUCGCGGCCGCGACCUUCCACGUGGAGAGCGGCAGAGAAAAAUAGCCCAAACUUUCAGACGAAAAGUGAUUUGCAGGUACGUGGGCGAGGGAAUGGAAGAGGGCGAGUUCUCGGAAGCACGCGAAGAUCUGGCGGCGCUGGAGAAGGACUACGAGGAAAUUGGCGCGGAUUCGAACGACGGAGAGGAGGUGGAGGACGAGUAUUGA